AUGGGUUCCAUGAGUGCAGUAGUAGUGGCAGUGUUGUGUGCAUUUGCUAUGCAUGCAGGGUUGUUAGUCACUACUGCUCAGCUAGAUCCCACGUUCUACGAUGACACAUGUCCAGACCUAUAUGAUACUGUGUUUGAUGUUAUUUCAAAUGCUUCCCUCACCGAUCCCCGAAUCGGUGCCAGUCUACUCAGGCUUCAUUUUCAUGAUUGCUUUGUUCAAGGUUGUGAUGCAUCAGUUUUGCUGAACAGCACUGAUACCAUAGACAGCGAGCAAGGUGCAAUUGGAAAUAUCAACUCAAUAAGGGGCUUGGACGUAGUCAAUGACAUCAAGACAGCGGUGGAAGAUAGCUGUCCAGGGACAGUUUCUUGUGCCGAUAUUCUUGCUAUUGCAGCUGAAGUAGGUUCUGUUCUGGGAGGUGGUCCAUCAUGGGAUGUUCUAUUAGGAAGAAGGGAUAGCUUAAAUGCAAACCUUACCCUUGCAAAUCAAAGUCUUCCAUCACCCUUCUUCACACUGGAUCUGCUCAAAGCUUCCUUUGCAGCUCAAGGUCUCAACACAACUGAUUUAGUUACUCUCUCAGGUGCUCAUACGUUUGGAAGAGCUCGAUGCAGUGUAUUCAAUAACCGAUUAAGCAACUUCAACAACACUGGCAAUCCUGACCCAACUCUGAAUACAACUUACUUGGCAAUAUUGAGUGGGAUAUGUCCUCAAAAUGCAACUGUUGUUAACAUCACCAAUUUGGACCUCACCACACCUGAUCAAUUCGAUAACAACUACUACUCCAAUCUUCAGCAACUCAAUGGCUUGCUUCAGAGCGACCAGGAAUUGUUCUCCACUCCUGGUGCUGAUACGGUUGACCUUGUCAAUAGUUUCAGCAGCGACCAAAGUGUUUUCUUUGACAAUUUUAUAGCGUCAAUUAUAAAAAUGGGAAAUAUUGGAGUGCUUACAGGGACUGACGGAGAAAUUCGCACGCAAUGUAAUUUUGUCAACUCAGAAAAUUCUGGAUUAUUAUUAGCUGGUGUGGCCUCCAAUGAUUCUAAAGAAAAACUUGUUGCUCAAUCUAAGUAA